AUGGGACAACCAUGGCAUGGAAGCUAUGGUUCGUAUUUGGAAGAUGAUGAAGCUAUAGCUAGAGAACUGCAUCAGAGUUACAAUUCAUAUGUAGCUGAUGAUGAUGCAGCUAUAGCUAGAGAGCUGCAGGAGGCGGAGGAUAGCUUGGGGACAAUGGCCUUAUAUGAUGGAGCCUUUGGAAGUAUAAUAGAUUCUGCAUGGGAGGGUAAUCUUGGAGGAACUUCUGCUAAUAGUGGAGGAACUUCUGCUAAUCAUGGAGGUUCUGCUAAUCGUGGAGGAACUUCUAUUCGAGAGACUAAUGUUCAAACACGGGUUGGCGGUGAAGUUGAUUUAGAUAAUAUGUCCUAUGAGGAAAUGCAUCGAUUCGAAGAAUCCAUGGGUAGUGUAAGCAAAGGUCUGUCUAGGGAAGCAAUCUCUAGAUUGCCUGUUCACAAGCACAGUCCAUCAAGCACAAGAAGCAAUUCAGGAGAUGCAGAGUAA